UUUAAUGUUACUAAAAGAGGGAACGAAGCAAACAAAUUCAUGGAUUAUGGAAUUAUUUCCAUAAUGUUUAUGGCUUAUUUGUUACGGGGUAGUGUUAACAACGAUUUAUUUUAUUAUUGGUAGAUACUAAACAUAGAGGAUGUCAGAGAUUAAUGACAUAAAGUACAUUAUAACUCAAAAUAAUGAUACCAAUCCAUCACAAAGAUUAUCAAAAAUUGGUUUAUAUUUUAUUGGAAUAACAGGAGGUAUUGCAACAGCUAUCAGUAUAAUAUGCAUUCCCUUUGUGAGCCCAGCCUUUCGGAAAAUAUGUUUACCCUAUGUACCAGCUACAUCUCAACAAAUAAAAAAUGUAUUACAAGCUUUAGAAGGACGUACUGGAUCAUUAAUUGAUCUUGGCAGUGGAGAUGGACGCAUAGUUUUUGCAACAGCAAAAGCUGGAUUCAAAGCUCAUGGUAUUGAAUUAAAUCCAUGGUUGAUAUGGUACUCCAGAUUGAAAGCAUUAAUUACAGGAUCAUCAUCUAAGACAACUUUUAUAAAGCAAAAUUUAUGGAAACACAAUCUGAAGAAUUAUGAUAAUAUUGUUAUAUUUGGUGUUGAUCAAAUGAUGGCAGAUGUAGAAAAAAAGUUCAUGAGAGAAUUAAAGAAAGACUGUGUUAUAGUUGCUUGUAGAUUUCCACUUCCUAAUAUGAAUAUAAUCAAAGUAACAGGCAAUGGAGUUGAUACUGUUUGGGUGUACAAAGUUUCAACAAAAAUUUAGAUUAUUCAAUUAAGGUAUUUAUAACAAUUGUGAAUAUUAAUGCAUCUGAAAAACGAUGUAUAAAAUAUUCUAUUAUAUUUAUGUUUAGGUGAUAUAUAUUAUCUUACACAGUUGCUUGUAAUAAGGUAAAUAAAUAAAUUUUCUUCUGUGUCAUUUAUGAGUAUAUCUCUUAUAUAAAAUGUUUCUUAAUAUAUAACGUUAAUCUAACAUUUUAAUAUAAUACAAAAUAUAUGAAUAUUUCCUUGUAAAAUUAAUUGUACUAUACUAUUAGGAACACAUUUUUGAUUUUUUCAAAUAUUUCUUUAAAUAUGUUCAUAAUUCAGUAAUAAAAAAUUGUGCUACUAGAUUCAACAAUCCAAAUAUUGGUAUACUAACAUGUAAAAAUAUAGAACAUAUUGUUAGUUUUUGUUGUUGUUUUAAAGUUAUUAAAUACAGCAAACUGGGUAAUGUAAAAACAUAUAUAAAACCGCUCAACGCA